AUCUAUCUUUGCUCUGCUCUUCGAAACUGGGACCUCAAAACCAACAAAAAUUCAUCUUUCACAAUCUCCACACAUUUCCAAGUGCAGAUUACAAACUUUACCAGAAGCUGAAAUGGAGGAGAGAUUUGCAAAAGCAGGCAUGGGUAUAGUACUGCUUUUCUUGACAUGCCUAUCUGCAGGUGGCACAGAAGCCGCCGCCAAGUACAAGGACCCAAAUCUGCCCAUUGGGGUUAGAAUCAGAGACUUGAUGAAAAGUAUGAGUCUUGCUGAAAAGUUAGGGCAGAUGACCCAGAUUGAAAGGCAUGUUGCCUCCCCUUCUGUCAUCAAGAAAUACUUCAUUGGGAGUGUUCUGAGUGGAGGAGGGAGUGGACCGGCGCCUAAGGCCUCUGUGGAGGCGUGGGUCAAUAUGGUGAAUGAGAUCCAGAAAGGGGCUCUUUCGACCCGUCUCGGGAUCCCAUUGCUUUAUGGGAUUGACGCAGUUCACGGUCACAACACUGUUUAUGGGGCCACGAUUUUCCCUCAUAAUGUUGGGCUUGGAGUCACAAGGUCUCUCUCUCUCUCUCUCUCUCUCUCUCUCUCUCUCUCUCUCUGUCUUACUUUGUUCGUGCUAAAUGCUAAUAAUGUGUUUUCUUUGUACGUGUGGCUGUGUUUGAGCCGGGGUUUCUUGGAAAUGUUCUCUCAACUUCAGAGUAGGGGUAAAGUCUGCACACAUUCAGACACCUUUUCCGAACCUUACUCUUAGAUCCAGAACUUGUAAAGCGGAUUGGAGCUGCCACUGCACUUGAAGUCAGAUCCACGGGAAUCCCUUAUGUUUUUGCUCCUUGCAUUGCAGUCUGUAGGGAUCCAAGAUGGGGACGAUGUUACGAAAGCUAUAGCGAGGAUCACAGGAUUGUGCAAAUGAUGACUGAGAUUAUACCUGGUUUACAAGGGGAUCUCCCACCAAACUCCCAUAAAGGCAUUCCCUUUGUUUCUGGAAGGGAAAAAGUUGCAGCGUGUGCCAAACACUUUGUGGGGGAUGGAGGCACAUUCAAGGGCAUUGAUGAGAAUAAUACCGUUAUUAGCGUAAACGAGUUGUUUGACAUUCACAUGCCUGCAUAUAUUGAUUCAGUUAGAAAGGGCGUUUCAACGGUAAUGGUGUCUUACUCUAGCUGGAAUGGCAUGAAGAUGCACGCUAAUCGUGCUCUAAUCACCGGCUUUCUCAAAGACAAACUCAAGUUCAGAGGAUUUGUUAUUUCUGAUUGGGAAGGAAUUGACAAAAUUACCGAUCCACCCCGUGCUAAUUACACUUAUUCCAUUCAAGCUGCAAUUCUAGCAGGGAUUGAUAUGGUUAUGGGUCAGGAGAGGUUGACAGAGUUUUUAGACGUUUUCGCAUCCCUCGUGAGGAAAAAAAUUAUUCCCAUUAGCAGAAUAGACGACGCCGUGAGGAGGAUACUAAGGGUAAAAUUUGUGAUGGGUCUGUUUGAUAACCCGGUGGCGGAUCUCAGCCUGAAGAAUCACUUGGGCAGCCAGGAACAUAGAGAACUCGCAAGAGAAGCCGUUAGAAAGUCGCUUGUUCUCUUGAAGAAUGGGAAAACCACAAACCACCCGUUACUACCGCUGCCAAAGAAAGCAACAAAUAUUCUCGUGGCCGGGACCCACGCUGAUAACUUAGGCUACCAAUGCGGAGGCUGGACUAUAACGUGGCAAGGUCUUGGCGGCAAUGACAUCACUAUCGGGACGACAGUUUUAUCGGCCGUGAAAAGAACGGUGGAUCCAUCAACACGUGUCGUCUUCCAAGAGAAUCCCGACACAAUGUUUGUUAGGGCCAACCACUUUGAUUAUGCCAUUGUCGUUGUCGGAGAGCUUCCAUAUGCCGAGAUGUUCGGAGACAGCUCGAAUCUCACAAUACCCGAACCCGGAAUCAGUACCAUCCACAACGUCUGUGGCGUUGUCCGAUGCGUAGUGGUCAUCAUUUCGGGCCGUCCGGUUGUGAUCGAGCCUUUUGUUAGUAAGAUAGAUGCACUUGUUGCUGCUUGGCUUCCGGGAACCGAAGGCCGAGGCGUUACGGAUCUUUUGUUUGGUGACUUCGGGUUCACGGGCAAGCUCGCCCGAACUUGGUUCAAGUCGGUCGACCAGCUGCCGAUGAAUGUGGGCGAUCCACAUUACGACCCGUUGUUCUCUUUCGGGUUUGGUCUGGUGACCAAACCUGUGUAAGAGGACCUACAAAAUGUACUUCAUCACAUAUUGGCAUCAUAAUAAUCUUACUAACUCAAUUUGUUUUUGGUUCAAGGAAUUCAUAAGAUUUUUUUUCAUGUUUGGAUAAAAAUGAAACAAAAUGGUAGGAAAAGAAAAGGUAGGGAAAAUG